AUGCCGCGGCGAACGGCAACAUAUAUAAUGGUGAAGAACCCAGGCAGCAAUGGCGUCCUCACGGCGACCGCCUUUUCCGACAACAAGCUAGCCAGGCCGGAGAGCGGCGUAGGCGGCAAGGCGGCGGCGGCGAGGCCGUACAAGGGGGUGCGGAUGCGGAGCUGGGGGUCGUGGGUGUCGGAGAUCAGGGCGCCCAACCAGAAGCGCCGGAUCUGGCUCGGCUCCUACGCCACGCCCGAGGCCGCGGCGCGCGCCUACGACGCCGCGCUGCUCUGCCUCAAGGGCUCCGACGCCGUCCUCAACUUCCCCACGUCAUCACCCUCCUCGUCCGCGUCCUCCUCCCACCGGCGUGCUGACAAGGACGACGACCCGGCUGCCGGCGGCGGCAUGUCACCGAGGUCCAUCCAGCGCGCCGCGGCCGCGGCUGCCGCGGCGAUCGACGACGCCGGCAUGACCGCCAGCGCCGACGACAGGUGCUCUUCCAGCGCCUGCGCAACGAUGCCGACGUCUGCCUCGCUGUCGUCGACGCAGGGCAGCACCGAUCACGUCCACCAGGAGCAGCACGCGACGACGACAUCGUCCGCCGCGGCCAGCACCGGCUCGCCGCCCGAGGGAGAGGAGCUGUGGACGUACCUGGAGGCGUUCGCCUCGCCCAAGUUCAUGGAUCUGGUGGACACCGGCGCCGCCGCGCCGUUCUCGUCGACGUGGGAGGAGCCCGAGGACGACGGCGAGUUGAUGAGGCUGUGGAGUUUCUGCUAG